AUAAAAAUAAAUGAAUACUAGAUACAAUUUUGUUAAUACUUAUUCGCCUCCUCCCUCUCAUAUGAUUAGGAGACCAUUUAAUUAUUAACUUCCUCCUCAUUAUCAUAAUCACAAACAUUAUAAAAAUUAAGUAAACUCUUAUAAUAAUAUAAAUACUUUUAGCGAAAACUAAUACAGUAAUCCUUAAUAAAUAGGCUUCGACCCUACAAGAAAUUAUCAAAAUUAUCGAGUUCCUGAUAAUUGGAAAAACCAUAAUACAUAAUUCUGAAUAUCAAUAAAGUUAUCCGGAGCUCUAAAAAAAUGAUUUUAGUUAAGAGUCCCUAUAUUGGAAAAACUAUCCUUAUGGAGGUUAGCAUGCAACUAAUUUUUAAGAUUAAGCAAGUUUAUAGUCAGUUUUUCAUUUAAGAUCAGAAAUAGAUCGCUUGAGGAACUUAUUAUGUUAAAAGAUAGAAGAAUGCUAAUUCAAUAAAAUAAAGUACCAACAAUAAUAGUUAUAUAGCUGUUAUUAACAAUAAUAACGCUUUAAAAACAGACAAGUUUGUUAAAGAAAUAUAGUCAAGGAUAGAGUACUUAAAAUAAGAGUUAAG